ACUAUAUAUACAACACAAAUUAGUAUUAGCUCUAGGAAUACUAAUUAGCAGUAUGGCUGAGGAAGAAGCAGUGAAGCUGUUUGGCACUUGGAGAAGCCCUUUUAGCCGCAGAGUGGAAAUAGCUCUGAAGCUCAAAGGUGUCGACUUCAAAUACUAUGAAGAGGAUCUGACCAACAAGAGCCAUCUGCUUCUCAAAUACAACCCAGUUCACAAGAAGAUUCCUGUGCUCGUCCACAACGAAAAACCUAUUGUAGAGUCCCUUGUCAUUCUUGAAUACAUUGACGAGACCUGGAAAGAAGGAUUCCCCAUAUUGCCUAAAGACCCUUGUCAAAGAUCACAUGCACGCUUCUGGGCUAGGUUCCUUGAUGAAAAGUGCCUGCCUGCGAUAGAGGAAGCUUGCUUGAGGAGUGUAGACCGUGAGAAGGCUGUGGAAGAAGCAUGCGAGCUUCUAAAACUACUCGAAAAUGAGCUCAAAGACAACAAGUUCUUUGGGGGAGAGACUAUUGGACUGGUGGAUAUUGUCGCUAGUGUCAUAAGCUGCUGGCUCAAAGCUUUUCAACAAGUUGCGGGAGUAGAGCUGUUAACCAAAGAGAAACUUCCCAAGCUUUGUGAAUGGAGUGAUGAGUUUGUCAGCCAUGCUGUUAUUAAGGGAUGUCUACCUCCAAGUGAUAAGCUACUUGCUUCACUCCGUGCUCACUUUGAAACUGUUGCAUCCAAGGAACUUUGUACGUGAUUUAAAAUCACCUCAAGGUUCUCUACAUUAAUUUCAAAAAAAGUUGGUAAAAUCAAAAACGGAUUAUUUUGAUCGUGACUAGAUGUUAUCAUGUUUCGGUUAAAACUUAAAAGUGUGAACCCCACAUUUACAUUGGAAAAAUAAGACAU